AUGAAGAUCUCAAAUUGGUUAUUAGUCUUUUUUGCUACUGUGUCAAGCGCUUCGGCGGUUGACAGACGUGAUAUGAAUAUGAACAUGGGAGAAGUCGAAUCCCAUGUUCAUCCUAGUAUCACUACAACUACAGAUCUCUCUACAGUAACUCCAGUAGCACAUGAGGUUAUGCACAUGCAUGGUCUUCCGAUUUUGGAAACAGAGUUGACUCCUGCCGAGAAACUAUACUGGGAAAGUUACAAUUCCACCACAUUUUUCACUACCGAUAAGGGAAACAGAGGCGCUUUUUGGACUCAUGUUAUUACACUGACCAUUGCAGCAGUCUUUAUUUACCCAAUUUGCAUUGCUUUGAACAAUAUUGACUCGGGAUGGUAUUUGCCCCUGCUUUCCAUCUACGAUAUGGUUUUACUUACAUCUUUGAUAAGUCUUUCUAUUUUCAGUUCGUCUUUUCCAGAGACUUGGUACCCAAAGAAUGCAUACCGUCCGAUGUCAUACAUCUUAUUUGUGAUGACCAUAGUUCAUUUUGUAAGUGCUGUUGUUGUAAGAACGAGUAAAUGGAUCUCAGGCCACGAUUACAGCCGUGACUUGCGUUUCGAACUCGACGACUAUACUGCGGAAGGAAGCUUAACUCCGUUGCAAAACUAUAACGACACACAUUCAGACGAUGAUGAAGAACAACACCGUCAAGAUAAAAGAAUGUCUUACGACCCAAGAGAUUCUGUUGGAUCACCAACUACUACCUUAUUCGACCCUCAUGGUAAACAUCAUGAUGAUCUAAGAAAUGGCAAGUAUCGUGAUGACUCAAACUCCUUCGAUAUGGGAGAGGAAGACUUAAGUAAGAACCUGGAUUUGGAACAAAGGCUAUUGGAAUCUGAAGGGUUCCAGUUGAGACAUCAAAGUAAAUCAUCGAUCAAAAGAGAUACUUACUUGGCCAAAUUGUUCAAAUCCUCUGCUCUACAAUCAGUGGCAAGAAACUUUUCCAGAGUUUUCUCCUUCUUAUUCCAUUGUACAAAUUACCCAAUGUUAUUAUUCUUUUUUGUUUAUAUCCCAACUGGUCUCGCAGUAGGUAACUUGUUGGGUGAAGGAAAUAGAGUUUUCAAUUUGUUAGCACAUUGGAUUAAAGGUGGUGUCUUUGUGUCCUUGGGUAUUUUGUCUUUAGCUCGUUACUGUGGUUUUGGUGUCAACAAUGGUUGGGCAUGGAACAAGAUUAUUAUUUUCAAGAACCAAAUAGAUUCCAAUUCAUUAUGGUUCAAAAUUGCGCCCCAAGGCGGCAUCACAAUGGAAUUUUUUGAAUCUUUCUUGAUUGCAUUUUACGGCUGUACAAACGUAUUUUUGGAGCAUUUGUCAAAUCCAGGUGGAGAAUGGGCAGCUAAAGACUUGCAACAUGUUUCUAUUGCAUUCAUGUUUAUUGGUUGUGGCUUUUGUGGUCUUUUGGCAGAAAUAAAACUAAGUGACUGGAGAUUCAACCACGUAUUAAAACAUACUAACAUUCAGCCAAAUGUUAUCCAUUCUGGUUUCCCAGGUUAUUCUCCAAAUCCUUUCCCAGCAUUUACAAUCUUUUGGACGGGUAUCUUAAUGUCUCAACACGAACAAGCCUCUGCUACAUCUACCAACAUUCAUGUCCAAUGGGGUUACUUAUUGUCUUAUGGUUCAUUCUUCAGAAUUUUUACUUUUAUCUUAUUGAUGUUAGUUCCAAACCAAAAUCUGAAUCCAUCAAGACCAUUUACUGAAUUGAUCACAUCGUUCUGUCUCAUUUGUGGUGGUUUGGUAUUUAUGGAAUCUACAGAUCAAAUCGUUGAAGCGAUGGAAUACAGAGGAUUUACCCCAAUGUUCACGUUCAACUUAAGUGUUGGAUUUGUCACUAUUUUUAUGGCUUGGGAAAUGGCCAUUUUCAUGUGGAAAGAUUGGUUGAAGAAUCGCAUGAACAACAGGUAA